AUGGUGAUCAUGACAUCAAUAGCGAGUACAUGGACGCGCACAGCGUCGAGCCUGAGCUUGUUUUGCUCAUCAAGAGCCAUCACCACCCUCUCAUCCACGCAGCUCUACGCACUUCGGCCAUCGAAAACAAGAGCGUCGUCUACUGUCGCUUGCUCAGAAGUACAACUUACGCUGGCACUAAUCAAACCCUCUGUGUGUUCCUAUCAACCGGACGUGUCCUCAAUCCUGAAGCUGAUCAAGUGCUCACGCCUCUCGAUUGCGCGCACACGUCGGCUGUUCUGGACCUCCUUGGACGCGCAUUCCUUCUACGCUGAGCAUCGGGGCCGCUUCUACUACGAUCGGUUGAUCCUAGGAAUGAUCUCCGGGCCCAGCCUCGCUCUCGCUCUCUACGGCCCUAACGCCAUCAAAGAAUGGAGGGCAAUGCUGGGCCCCACAAAGGCGUAUAUCGGCAAACAUACAAUGCCCGCAAGUCUUCGAGCAAAGUACGGCCUGGGCGAUACGAGGAACGGAUUUCACGGCUCAGAUUCACCCGAAAGCGCCAGGAGAGAGUUAGGACUUGUGUUUGAUGGUUGGGAUACAGAGUGGUGGAUGCAGAGAGAACAGGGCAAGUUGCCCGUAGACCAGGAGGCGAAAUUGAAUCCACUGGGCUUCUGA